AUGCGCAUGUCAUCUUCCGCCCUCGUAAUGGGCGCCGCCAGUACGGCGCUCGCCUUUCAGCAGGACCAAGUCGUCCUCAACGGCCCCUCUGAUCAGUCCUUCCUGGACGUUGAGGCUCCCACUCUCGAGUCCUGGGCCAGCUCCCUUGAGGAUGUCUUUGGCAAGAUGACCAAGGAGGCCAAGGGCGCUUGGGACGAGGUCUCGAUGCUCAUGCCCGAUGCCAUCGAUUCCAUCAAGAAGCAGACCUUUGGCACCACCAAGCCAAAGCCCACCACUCGCCGCUCUGACUCGCACUGGGACCAUGUUGUCAAGGGUGCCGACGUCCAGAAGAUGGGCGUCAACGGCGUCAAGGGCUCCCAGCGCAUGGUUGGCGGCAAGCUUGAGAACUACAACCUCCGGACCAAGAAGGUCGACCCUUCCAAGCUCAAGGUCGACGAUGUCAAGCAGUACAGCGGCUACCUCGAUGACGAGGAGGAAGACAAGCAUCUCUUCUACUGGUUCUUCGAGUCCCGCAACGACCCCAAGAACGACCCCGUUGUGCUGUGGCUCAACGGUGGCCCUGGCUGCUCGUCCCUGACUGGUCUCUUCCUUGAGCUCGGCCCUUCGGGCAUCACCAAGAAGCUGGAGCUGGAGCACAACCCCGCCUCCUGGAACAACAACGCCUCGGUUAUCUUCCUUGACCAGCCCGUCAAUGUCGGCUACUCGUACAGCGGCAGCAGCGUGAGCAACACCGUUGCCGCCGGCAAGGAUGUCUAUGCUCUUCUCACCCUCUUCUUCCACCAGUACCCCGAGUAUGCGGAGCAGGACUUCCACAUUGCCGGUGAAUCGUAUGCUGGUCACUACAUUCCCGUCUUUACCUCGGAGAUCCUUGCGCACAAGGACCGCAACAUCAACCUUAAGUCUGUCCUCAUCGGUAACGGCCUCAGCGACCCCUACACCCAGUACGCCUACUACCGCCCCAUGGCUUGUGGCGAGGGUGGUCAGAAGUCGGUUCUCAGCGAGAGCGAGUGCCAGGGUAUGGAUGACGCCCUGCCCCGCUGCCAGUCACUGAUUGAGCGCUGCUACGACUCGGGCAGUGCCUGGUCAUGUGUCCCCGCUACUAUCUACUGCAACAAUGCCAUGAUGGGCCCCUACCAGCGCAGUGGCCGCAAUGUCUACGAUAUUCGUGGUCCUUGCGAGGACUCGUCCAACCUCUGCUACCCUGCCAUGGGUUGGAUCUCCGAGUACCUGAACCAGAAGGAUGUUCGUGAUGCUGUUGGCGCCGAGGUUGACAGCUACGACAGCUGCAACUUUGAUAUCAACCGCAACUUCAUGUUCGCUGGUGACUGGAUGCAGCCCUACCACCAGCUUAUCCCCGGCAUUCUCGAGCAGCUCCCUGUUCUCAUCUAUGCUGGUGAUGUUGACUUUAUCUGCAACUGGCUUGGCAACGAGGCCUGGACCAAUAAGCUCGAAUGGCCCGGCCACAAGGACUUCGCCAAGGCGGAGCUCAAGGACCUCAACCUUGCUUUUUCCAAGGACAAGAUCAGCAAGGAUGGUGCUUAUGGCAAGGUGAAGACUAGCGGCAACUUGACCUUCAUGCGCAUCUACGAGGCCGGCCACAUGGUUCCCAUGGACCAGCCCGACGCUUCCAUUGACUUCUUCAACCGCUGGUUGGGUGGUGAGUGGUACUAA